AUGGUUCCUGACAUUGAGAACAAGGUUCCUCACAUUGAGAACAAGGUUGCUUAUUCUGAGGACAAGGUUUGUCACUCUGAAGGCAAGGUUCCUCACACUGAAGACAAGUUUCUUCACUCUGAGGACAAGGUUCUUCACUCUGAGGACAAGGUUCUUCGCUCUGAGGACAAGGUUCCGUCCUCUGAAGGCAGGUUCCUCAGACUGAGGACAAGGUUCCUCGCUCUGACGACAAGGUUCCUCACUCUAAAGUCAGGUUGCUCACCCUGAGGACAAGGUUCCUCACUCUGAGGACAAGGUUCGUCACACUGAGGACAAGCUUCCGCACUCUGAGAAGAAGGUUCCUCACUCUGAGGACAAGGUUCCUCACUCUGAGGAAAAGGUUCUUCACUCUGAGGAAGAGGUUCCUCACACUGAGGACAAGGUACCUCACUCUGAGGACGAGGUUCCUCACACUGAGGACAAGAUUCCUCACUCUGAGGACAACGUUCCUCACUCUGAGGACAAGGUUCGUCAAUCUGAGGAAAAGGUUCCUCACACUGAGGACAAGGUACCUCAUUCUGAGGACGAGGUUCCUCACACUGAGGACAAGAUUCCUCACUCUGAGGACAAGGUUCCUCACUCUGAGGACAAGGUUCUUCACUCUGAGGAGAAGGUUCCUCGCUCUGAGGAAAAGAUUCCGCAGUCUGAAGGCAGGUUCCUCACACUGAGGACAAGUUUCCUCGUUCUGAGAACAAGUUUCCUCACUCUGGGGACAAGGUUCCUCACACUGAGGACAACGUUCCUCACUCUGAAGACAAGGUACCUCACUCUGAGGACGAGGUUCCUCACACUGAGGACAAGGUUCCUCACACUAAGGUCAAGGUUCCUCUCUCUGAAAACAAGGUUCCUCACUCAGAGAACAAGGUUCCUCACUCUGAGUACAAGGGUUCCUCAAUCUAA